GCAACGCGGCCUAACUUCCGGCAAGGCGCUGGGGGCGGGGGGCCUGAGCGUUGUUAUAGGGCUCCCGUGGGAUUACAGGGCUCAGUGUAGUGCUGUGUAUGCGCUGGAGGGUGUUAUGUGAAUCUUCAGGGUGUUAUGUGGGCUCUGAAGGGUGUUACGUAGCCCUGGAUGGGGUUUUGUAGGCUCUAGGCUGUGUUAUGUGGGCCCUGGAGGGUGUUAUGGGACCUUGAAGGGUGUUAUGGGGCUGCAGAGGGUGUUAUGGGGCUGCAGAGGGUGCUAUGUGGGUGCUGGAGGGUCUUACAGGACCCUGCGUGGUGUUUUAUGGGCCAUGUGUGGUGGUAGAUAGACCUGGGCAGCGUUAUAGGGCCCUGUGUGAUGCGAUAUGUGUCCUGGGUGGUGCAUUAUGUAUCCUGCGGGGUGUUGUGUGCACCCUAGAGAUGGCUGUGUGGGUCCUGGAGGGUGCUGUGUGAGCGUUGUGAGGAGUUAUAUGGGCCUUGGGUGCUAGUAUAUGGAUCUGUGUGGCGUUAUACGGUCCUGAACACUGUCAUACGGGCCCUGAAUGGUGUUAUAUGGCUUUGGAAUGUGUCAUACUGAACCUGCAAAGGGCUCUGGGUGUUACUGUAUCACUUGGAGCAGUGUUACGUGGUCCAGGGUGAUGACAUAGGCCUGUGGCUGGUGUUAAAUGACCAUGGGUGACAUCAUGUGGCCCUGGCCAGCACGUGGCUGUGAUCAGUGUCUCACAGUGAUGGCCUUUGCUCUGCCUGCGACCAGUGUUACAGGGUCCCAGCCAGUAACGCUACGCGUCACCCAGCCUUGGUGACAUCCCACGGUGUCGGCGUCACGCAUCGGCGGCAUCACGUGGCCAUGGCCACAGCCCAGGAAGUUCAGGAAGGGGAAGUUGGUGCUUGGGGUGCGGGGUAGAUCAGGGGCCGAGGGGACACAGGGUGGCCCCCCCGGUACGCUGCCGGCAUGUCGCUGCCCUCCGUCUACCAGAACAAGUUCGCCGAGAAGCUGACGAUCCUCAAUGACAGGGGCCGGGGCGUCCUUGUCCGCAUCUACCACAUCAAGAAGACCUGCUCGGACCCCAAGACGCGGCCGUCCUUCCUCUGUGACAAGGCUAUGGAGCCCUCCGUCAAGUUCAUCAACAAGAAGUUCCCCAACCUGGACGUGCGGAGCAGCACGCAACACCUGGGACCAGUGCACAAGGAUAAGGGGGACAUUGUCCGCGCGCUGGGACCCUAUUACUACUCCUUUGUGGAUGUCCUGGAAUUCAGAGACCAUGUCUAUGAGUUGCUGAACACCAUUGAUGCCAACCAGUGCUUCUUUGACAUUCACGUCAACUAUGACUUCACCAAGAGCUACCUGGACCUGAUUGUCACCUAUGUGUCCCUGGUCCUGCUGCUGGCCCGCACUGAGGACCGCCGGGUGCUCAUUGGCAUGUACCACUGCGCGCACGAGAUGAGCCAUGGUGCCAGUGAUUCCAGCUUUGCCCGCCUGGGCCAGAUGGUGCUGGAGUACGACCACCCCCUUAAGAAGCUGACAGAGGAGUUUGGACCCCACACCAAGGCUGUCACCAGUGCGCUCCUGUCCCUCCAUUUCCUCUUUGCCCGGAGGAACCAGGGGUCUGAGCAGUGGCGCAGCGACCAGCUCCUGAGCCUGCUCAGCACCGCGGGCACCAUGCUGAGCCCUGCCAGCUCUGACACCAUGGCCUGCGAGUACCUGUCCCUGGAGGUGAUGGAACGCUGGAUCUUGAUGGGGUUCCUGGUGUGCCCAGGGGCGCUGGGGUCAUCCCCACAGUGCCUGGAGCUGUGGAAGCUGGCGCUGCAGGGCUCGCUCUACGUCACCCUCCUCCGUGACGAGGCCCUGCAGAUCCACAAGGUCACCGAGGAGCUGCUCAGCAGCCUCAAGGGCUAUGGGAAGCGGGUGGCUGAUCUCAAGGAGUGCAAGGAACACGCCGUGGCUCACAGCGGAUCCCUGCACCGGGGCCGGCGGGCGUACCUGCGUGGGGCCGUGCGUGAGCUCGAGGCGCUGCUGGAGGAUCAGCCUGGGCUGCUGGGACCCAAGGCUCUCUUCGUCUUCAUGGCACUCUCCUUCUGCCGGGACGAGGUGAGCUGGCUGGUGCGGCACGCCGAGCACGUCACCAAGACCAAGACACCGGAGGACUUCACUGACAACCACAUUGCGGAGAUCCUUUUCCUCAUGGAGCAGCUGCGGAGCCUGGUGCGGCGGCAGGUCGGCGUGCUGCGGCGUUACCACGUCCAGUACCUGGCCCGCUUCGAUGCUCUGGUGCUCAGUGAAAUCAUCCAGAACCUCUCGGUGUGCCCCGAGGAGGAGUCCAUCAUCCUCUCAUCCUUUGUCAGCUCCCUUUCGUCCCUCUCUGACAAGGGAGUCGAUGAUAAGGAGCAGUUUGAUUUCACACCGCUCCGCCUGGACUGGUUCCGGCUGCAGGCCUACACCAGUGUGGCCAAGGCCGUGCUGCCGCUGAACACCAACCCUGACGUGGGUCGCAUCAUGAACCUCAUCGUCUUCCACACCAAACUGCUCGACUCCCUCGAGGAGCUGCUGGCCGAGGCCUCCGACCUCUCCGAUCUGUGUUUCUUCCCUCGCCCCAUAGAGAAGAUGUUUGUGGCGACGAUGGAGGAGCCCUCCAUGCUGCGUUACAGCAUCGCCUUCCCUCUGCUCUGCAACCACUUCUCCCGCUGCGUCCACCCCAUGUGCCCGGAGGAGUAUCCCCAGCUCCAGGCCGUAGCGCUGGGGCUGUGCAACAAGUUCCUGGAGGACAUGGCCCGGCAGGCCAGCGCCUGCAUCAUGGACGCCUGUGCCGAGCAGCACAACCUUAGCGAGCAGCUGCUGCCCAAGCAUUGUGCCUCCACCGUCAGCAAGGCUCGCAACAAGAAGACCCUGAAGCAUCCAUCCAAGAAGGGAGAACCCGAGCGAGGCAAGCCAGGGGCUGAGAGCCAGAGGAAGGACCGGACCGUGACCACCAACAUGGACAAGCUGCACCUGACGCUGGCCGAGCUGUCCCUGAGCCUCAACCACGUGCCCAACUUCACUGUCUUCGAGCACACGGUGACGCCGGCCGAGUACCUGGGCAGCCACCUGGAGGCACGCUUCACCAAGGCCAUCGUGGCCAUGGCGUGCUACAGCCAGGCCACGCAGGAGGUGGCUCGUCCCUCGGAGGUGCUGGUGGGUCUGGGUGCCUACAUCACCUUCAUCCAGUCGCUCACCCACUUUGUGGGCCUGGACACGGCGCGCAUCAUCCGCAGCGUCCUCCUGCAGCAGACGCAGCCCCGCGACGCCACCGGCGAGCAAACCCUCACCACCAUCUACACCAACUGGUACCUGGAGGCCCUGCUGCGCCAGGCCAGCACGGGGGCCAUCGUCCUGGCACCCGCCCUGCAGGCCUUCACCACGGUGCCCCGCGAGGGCGAGCCGUCCUUCAGUGCCGCCGAGUUCUCCGAUGUUUCAGAGAUGCGAGCGUUAGCUGAACUCAUCGGGCCGUACGGCAUGAAGUUCCUGAGCGACAAUCUCAUGUGGCACGUGAGCUCCCAGGUCGUGGAGCUGAAGAAACUGGUCAACGAGAACAUGGACACGCUGGUCCAGCUGCGCUCCAGCUCCUGCAAACCUGAGCAGAUGGCAGCUCUGCUGCCCCGCCUGACCUCGGCCGACAACGUCCUGAAGCGGAUGACCAUCAUCGGCGAGAUCCUCAGCUUCCGUGCCAUGGCGCAGCAGGGCCUGCGGGAGGCCUUCUCCCACCACUGCCCCUUCCUGAUGGGCCCUAUCGAGUGUCUGACAGACGUGGUCACCCCUGACACCGACAUCCAGGUCACCCUGAGCAUCUUCGAGCUGGCCUCGGCUGCGGGGAUCCCCUGCGAGAUCGACCCCGCGCUGGUGAACGUCCUCGCCGGCAGCAAGAGGGAGGGCUCGUCCUCGGAGGAGGACUACAAGGUGGCCUGCCUGCUGCUGGUCUUCGUGGCCGUGUCCCUGCCCCUGCUGGCCUCUGACCCGACGUCUGUCUACAACACCGAGAUGGACGGUUACAACAACAACAUCCACUGCCUGGCCAAGGCCAUCAUCCACGUGUCGGCCGCGCUCUUCACCCUCCACAACAAGAACAUCGAGACCCACCUCAAGGAAUUCCUGCUGUUGGCCUCCGUCAGCCUCCUGCAGCUGGGCCAGGAGACGGACAAGCUGCGCUCCAGGAACCGCGACGCCGUCUCCCUGCUCAUGCAGCUG